GCGGUGCGCUGCGGCUGGGCGCGCACCCGGCAGAUGCUCCGAGAUGCAGGAGCCGCUGCUGGGCGCCGAGGGCCGCGACUAUGACACCUUCCCCGAGGGACCGCAGUCGCCGGGGCCCGGGGCGCGGCCCGGGGUUCUGCAGAGCAAAAAGGUGUUCCUGGCCACCUUCGCUGCCGUGCUGGGCAAUUUCAGCUUCGGCUACGCCCUGGUCUACACGUCCCCUGUCAUCCCCGCCCUGGAGCGUUCCUCCGACCCGGAUCUGCGGCUGACCAAAACGCAGGCGUCCUGGUUCGGGUCCAUCUUCACUCUGGGUGCUGCAGCCGGAGGCCUCAGUGCCAUGCUCCUCAACGACCUGCUGGGCCGGAAGCUCAGCAUCAUGUUCUCAGCAGUGCCCUCUGCCAUCGGCUAUGCCCUCAUGGCUGGCGCCCAGGGCCUCUGGAUGCUGCUUCUGGGGAGGAUGCUGACAGGCUUCGCUGGGGGGCUCACAGCCGCCUGCAUCCCGGUGUACGUGUCUGAGAUUGCUCCCCCUGGUGUUCGGGGGGCCCUGGGGGCCACACCGCAGCUCAUGGCAGUGUUUGGAUCCCUGUCCCUCUACGCGCUGGGCCUCCUGCUGCCCUGGCGCUGGCUGGCCGUGGCUGGGGAGGGACCUGUGUUCAUCAUGGUCCUGCUGCUCAGCUUCAUGCCCAACUCCCCGCGCUUCCUGCUCUCCCGCGGCCGGGAGGAGGAGGCUCUGCGGGCGCUGACCUGGCUGCGCCACACGGCCGACACGCAGGACGUGCGCUGGGAGUUCGAGCAGAUCCAGAACAACGUCCAGCGACAGAGCAGCCGCGUGUCUUUGGCUGAGGUCCGGGACCCCCACAUGUACCGGCCCAUCCUGAUCGCCCUGCUGAUGCGCUUCCUGCAGCAGCUGACGGGCAUCACGCCCAUCCUGGUUUACCUGCAGCCCAUCUUCGACAGCACAGCUGUGCUGCUGCCUCCUGAGGAUGACGCAGCCAUCGUCGGGGCUGUGAGGCUCCUGUCCGUGCUGAUCGCUGCCCUCACCAUGGACCUGGCCGGCCGCAAGGUUCUGCUGUUUGUGUCAGCAACCAUCAUGUUCGCUGCCAACCUGACUCUGGGGCUGUAUGUGCGCUUUGGCCCGAGGGCUCUGGCCCACAACGGCACUGUGGGCCUGGAGAACAUGCCCUUGGGGGGCACGGAGCAGCCCCUGGCCACACCCACCAGCUACCUCACCCUGGUGCCUCUGCUGGCUACGAUGUUCUUCAUCAUGGGUAGGCGGCCGGGCACACGGUGGUGGUGGUGGUGGGUGUUUCAGGAAGGGGCUGUCCUGGUCUCUGUGGGGAAGGUUGGACCCUCUAUUACGUGGCAAGGCAGACAGGGUGUGUGUGUCCCCCACGGCCCCGCAGGCUACGCCAUGGGCUGGGGGCCCAUCACCUGGCUCCUCAUGUCCGAGAUCCUGCCCCUGCGCGCCCGCGGUGUGGCCUCAGGGCUCUGUGUGCUGGUCAGCUGGCUGACAGCCUUCGCUCUCACCAAGUCCUUCCUGCUUGUGGAGAACGCCUUCGGCCUGCAGGUGCCUUUCUUCUUCUUCGCGGCCAUCUGUCUGGUGAGCCUGGUGUUCACGGGCUGCUGUGUGCCAGAGACCAAGGGCCGCUCGCUGGAGCAGAUCGAGUCCUACUUCCGCACGGGGAGGAGGUCCUUCCUGCACUAGGUGGAGACCGCUGGGACACGCUCAGACGGCACCCCGCGACCAGGAGCUGGCAGCGGGCCCUGCUGCCCAUGGUGCUGCAUACCCAUGCUGAGACCCACCAGGGAGGAGGGGGCAUGGGCCACAGGGCACACACGGUACCCAGGGACAACACCCUGCUGGGUGACCUCAGGCCUGGCUCCUUGCUCACACACAUGGGACUGCAUCAAAGACCAAGAACAGGGCCAGAGAUGGCAGAAUGGCCCCAUACAGGGACACGGUCUCGUCCUCCUGUUCUGAUCACGUGGCCACCAUCGGGCCUCUUGGACACCACCGGGAACACUACAAACUCCAGAGGCCAGGGCACAACCCAUGAGGUCCCUCUGGCUCCAGCCCAACCUGGAGGGACAGAGGCUUCCAUCUACAAACUGUUCACAGUAUUUAUCCAAAUAAAGAAACUGGGCCUGCA